AUCCCUGCUUAUGUGCUUCCAGCUAUCACCGUGAUCUAGGUAAUUAACAACUUUGUUACUGAUGCACGAGACCAGCCCGGCUCCAUGUAACACACAGAAAGGAACAUACCACACCACGUCAUCGUCUCUGUGAGCUUUGGUCUUCCAUCACACGCUGCUCUCGCAACACAGAACCGCGUUGACUGACGUAGCAGUCCAUGGACAAGAUUCGUGUCUCGAAGGUGGAAGAUGUCACACUAUGGAGACAGGGUAUUCGCGUCGAAGGGACACUACACUUGACAGCCCAUCAUCUCAUAUUCAGCUAUCACUUACCAAUAUCGCCCGACCAACCCAACGCCCCUCCCAAAAAGCUUGAGAGAGAGUUAUGGGUUACUUUCCCCAUGAUAAAUGGCUGCACGUACAGACCUGCACCGCUAGCUUCACACCAGUCACCAGCAAUACGAAUACGCUGUCGAGACUUUACCUUUCUUGCGUUCCAUUUUGUUGUAGAAAGUAAAGCACGAGAUGUGUACGACAGUAUUCGAUCUUUAUCAUGCAAAGUCGGACGGAUAGAAAAGCUUUAUGCCUUCAGCUACAAACCGCAAGCUCCGGAGAACAAAGUCAAUGGGUGGGAGUUGUACGAUGCAGAGAAAGAGUACCGUCGCCUGGGCAUUGGGGGAAAGAAUCCAGAGUACGGAUGGAGAGUAUCAUAUAUCAACUCCAACUACAAGUACUCUCCUACCUACCCGGCCGUUCUUGUAGUGCCCUCCAUAAUCUCAGAUAACACUCUUACAUACGCGGGAAAGUAUCGCUCGCGUGCACGGAUUCCAGCAUUAGUAUACAGACACCCUGUGAACAACUGCUCCAUUACCCGAAGUUCUCAACCCCUAGGUGGGUUUGCACGAAACAGGAGUGUGCAAGAUGAGAAGCUAGUAGCCGCGAUAUUUGCAACAACUGCAGACAGCGAGAACAACAGCUCGCAAGAUACCACGAGUAGUGGUCCAAGAUCAACAGGAACCAGCCCAGAUGCCAGUAUUCAAAGUCUGGACACUGGAGAGGGGUCCAAUAGCAGCAUUAACGCUGAGAAAUUCGAGGACCAAGUUCUUCAACAAAUCGAUGCACCUGAGAAGAGGCCGAAAGUAUAUGGCGCGCAACAGCGAAAUCUCAUAGUCGACGCACGUCCCACAGUCAAUGCAAUAGCCAUGCAAGCCGUAGGAAAGGGUUCAGAAAACAUGGAUUUUUACAAAGAUGCAACAAAGGCUUACCUAGGAAUUGACAAUAUUCAUGUCAUGCGCAGAUCUCUGAACAAGGUCAUUUCUGCGCUCAAGGACACUGACAUGACACCAUUAGGUCCAAACCGAGAAACACUAGCGAAGAGUGGCUGGCUAGAUCAUAUCAGUAAUCUACUGGAUGGAGUCUCUUUGAUCGCACGCCAGAUUGCAAUUCAGCAUUCUCAUGUUUUGAUACAUUGUUCCGACGGAUGGGAUCGCACGAGUCAACUGAGCGCUCUGAGCCAACUUUGCCUGGACCCAUACUAUAGAACCCUAGAGGGCUUCAUUGUACUGAUAGAGAAAGACUGGCUCUCCUUCGGUCACAUGUUCCGCUACCGCGCUGGUCUUCUGGGAAGUGAUAAAUGGUUCGAGGUUGAGAAUGAGCGGUUAGUGGGGAACAGGAAUGGAGUCGGCAAUGCUGGGGGCCCUGCGAACGCGAUAGAGAACGCAUUAGCAAAAGCCCAAGGGUUUUUCAAUAAAAAGAACGACUCCAGGGAACUUCUGUUUGCAGACUCAGACGGCGAAAUGCAGGCAUAUGAUUCCCCUGAGGGUCCACUAAAAUCGAGAGCAGCCGCUACAAGUAGCACUUCUGCCGAGCAAGAGACAGCCACAAAGGUCGAUGAAAUAAGCCCAAUAUUUCAUCAAUUCCUGGAUGCGACUUAUCAAUUGAUACGCCAGCACCCUACCCGAUUUGAGUUCAACGAACGUUUCCUUAGGCGACUACUUUACCAUCUAUACUCAUGUCAGUACGGUUCAUUUCUGUAUGACAACGAAAGGGAGCGGGUUGAAUCACGUGCAAAGGAGCGGACUAGAAGCGUAUGGGAUUAUUUCCUAUCGCGGAAGGAACAGUUUACCAACGCAAAUUAUGCAUCAGCUGUGGACGAUAAUCAAAGGGGCCAAGAACGUGUUCUCUUUCCUAUCCCGAAAGAUGUAAGAUGGUGGGCCGAAGUCUUCGGGCGCAAGGAUGAGGAAAUGAAUGGCUCUUUGUCAACGACAUAUUCACCAAAGUCUACCAGUGGUAUAACUACGGGAACUGUUCUCUCAGCAGUCGAAAACUCAUCUGGGUCCGCAGAAGUUACUCCGCAACGCAGACAGGUCCAAGGUCACGACACAGCGAUCAGUCCCGCGUGUCUCGCUACUGGGCUUUCGACUCUAAGUGUCGAACAGAGAGAUAUAUCUCCUGGUCGAUCGAGAAGUCCUCGACUAUCAAAUGGAGGCUUUGAGGUUGAAAUGCAGUAAUACGAUUGUAUGAUGCCGCAGAGUGUAGGUUAAUCCAGGGCUUGUACGUGUACAUGGUGUUGGAAAUUGGUCAUACAAUGCUAGGUCGACAUCGCUCCAUCUGCUGAUUUGGGAAGGCGUUGCUUGACGAGAUUCUGAACUUUAUCAUCCAUAAAUUGUUUCACGACACAUGUCGUUUGAGGCAUGCAAUUUUGGGACUUCUGGAUGGUCGUAAUCAAGUGCAGUCUUUCAUAUACACGGACCUGAAAUUAUAAUAAGCGGAAUUCUCAAUCGCCAUUACCGGACCAAUGAUGUCGACCGAAUCUAGUCAUAUCUGCAGAUUGUUUAUGCGCAGAAAAUAGCUUAUCGUUCAUCGCUGCCUGG